CGUUAACUCUUCAACGCCCUCCCCAAAUCCAGUACCUACUGCCGUUAUCGCUGUUAUCAAAUCUCCUUACAAAGAUUGUGUUCUCCCUUUUCUCAUCUCGUCCAUUCUUCACUAUAAUUCUUGCCGUUCAUUGAUCUCGUGAAAAUCUACUGACGUUAUACACUUUUUAUAGCAGUCUAUUGACUUAUUCUACAUCCAACACAAUGCCUAGUCCUGGUGGCACCCAGCCUUCGCCUACCCAGGGCAUUAGGGUAUGUGGACCUUACCUCACAGAUGAGCAGAUAGAAGAGUAUAUGGCUCUCCUAGCAGAUUCUGAGGCUCAUAAACGUGAGCAGUCUUCGGUCCAUGCUACUCACGAUGGUGCCAACGACAGCGGUAUCCAGAGCCACGCAAUCGCCGAUGCGAACAUGAAUGCUAUGGUAGGCCAGUUUGGCGGCCUUGGCAUCAACGGAGUCCCCCAUAUCCCGGGAAUGAUGCCCAUGACUACUCAGGAUGGCCGCAUUUACCAGGUUGCCAUUUCUCCCUCGAUGGCUUCCGGUGUUCCUACCUACGGCAUUCCUACUCUUGGUUAUGCGCCAGCCCAGCCCGAGGGUUAUGCAGGUGGUACUCCUUACCUCGUUCAGCCCGGCUAUUCUAACCCAAGCGCUCCCCCUAUGUAUGCCUUUCCGUACACGCCCUCGCGCACUGGCAUGACUCACGAGCGUACCGAGACCAGUUCUCGCGAUGUCCCGGGUCUGGACAUCCGACGCUCGUCGUACUCUACUAACGAGUCCACUCCGGCCACUCCUUUCCUCGGAAGCAUGGCCUCUCGAGACCAGGGACCUCGUGUCACAGUCUUUGAUCGCUCCACUUACACAACGCCUUCGCCCCACCAGAUUGUGGCCGCCGAGGCUCUUCAGGAGCCUAAGUCACCUCUCCUUGAUCGAGAGCCUAGCAUUCCUUUUGCGAUUCCGGCUGUGUUUACUCCUGCAGAGAACAUGAAGACUCUCGAGCAGAGCCUUGUCAACCCUCUGCCUGGUAACCGCAACGUUUACAUUCGCGGCUUCCAUCCCACCACGGACGACACGCUUCUUCUGAAGUAUGCGGAGCGCUUUGGUAAAGUAGAAACUUCCAAGGCUAUCAUUGAUGCUAGCACUGGAGCUUGCAAGGGUUUCGGCUUUGCGAAAUUUUAUGAUGUUCGUGACUCGGAGAAUUGUAUUCGCGGCUUCUACCGUCGAGGCUAUGAAGUUGGGUUUGCUAGAGAAUCGUUCAACUCCCGACUUCGCCAAGAAGGCGAUCCCGAUACCACCAAUCUGUAUCUGUCUAACCUUCCUCGAAGCUGGAGAGAGCUUGAGAUCAACACUCUCUUCCAGAACUUUUUGGUCCUGUCCAGCAAGGUCCUGGAGGACCAGGUUACUCAUGUCAGCCGAGGUGUCGGCUUUGCUCGAUUCGAAUCUCGCGAGGUCUGUGACAAGAUUAUUAAGCAUUUCCAAGGCAUGCUCCUCGGUCGUGAGAGCCUUCCGUUGCAGAUUCGUUAUGCAGAUUCGCAGCGACAGAAGGAGCUAAAGCGAGUUACGGCUAAGCGCCGUCAGUGGCGUACCAACGAGUACAAUGUCAGUGCCUAUGGCACGACUCUUGUGGGACCGGGCCCUGCCCAUGGACCACCGCCUUAUCGCCAGAAUGGUGGUUCUCAGAGCGGCGCUCCUCCGCGCGCUCUGCUGGCUCCUCAGCAGGACGUCCCUCAGCAAGGAGGCCACCAGCAGCAGGGAGUACCUCAACAGCAGGGCGGCCCUCAGCAGCAGGACGGUCCUCCUCAGGGCCGUCGUCCACAAGGCAGUGCUACUUGGUCCGGUUUGGCGGGAUCGACUAGCCGACCCGGCGAAGACGUCGAAAUUCGAGUCGAGUCCCCGCUGGUCGCGCAUGGCAGUAACCAAUCGUCCCCCGUAAAGCAAGAGAAGGAGUAAAUUGGUGGUCCAUUCUGUGUUAUUGACCACGUGGUAUUAUCGUACUUUUGUACUCCUUCUCUUGUUUUUGGCAGAUGUCUUUCUGGUAGGACAUUGUUGCCGUAGUGGUAUUAUGG